AUGGGCACCAAUCUCGCGGCCCCCAAUAUCACCACACGGAAACCAGGUUACCCGCCGCGUGGCUUUGCCCUAGGGUCGGGGGGGCUCUUUCAAGGCAUAGGCAAGCGGCAAGCAAGCCGCAAAACACCUCACCCCCCCGUACUCUGCCAUUACUCACAGACGGCCGGCCACCGGAAUCCCGGUCCCGGCAUGAUUGCGACAGGGAACAUGGCAUCAGAAGUGCCCCAUCGUAGUGUCCGCCGUCUCAUACGAGGGGGGUAG